AUGCCUCUGCAAUCAAGACUUGACUUUGGAUCGUCUCAAGGACAACCCGGUACAAGUGGCAGCAAUUGCAAUUCAACACCGUCAUCAAGUCAACCUCACCGUAUAAGGCAAUCACCUUCACAACACGGAAAUCUGAUCUCCCCCAGCCCGGAUAGCAGACGCCAACUAUCAAUCAACACAACUCCUGUCCCUUCAAAAAGGGUUGUAGAGGUUUUGGAUGGAUCUUCAGAGGAUGAACGUGUUCAACCUGAAAAGAAGAAGCAGAAAAAAAAACCAGCAAAGAAAAAAAAGAAGCCUACUGAAAAACAACCUACCAAAACAGAAACCGGUUCCACUUUUGUUACCAAGGACACACUCCGUGCCAAUUCAGACGGCGAAAAUGCAAAAGUUAAACCCCGAGCCACUAAAACGGACCACUCAGGCCUGCACGGCUAUUAUGGGGAACCUGAUUGGGAUGAGGGAGACGACCGUGAUCUGCCCCCUCUUUCAUAUCCAUGCUCUUGGUGUUGGUAUUUCUCCAUCUUGCGACACUUUGAUAAUGGCUUGCAUACUUCACCCGGCAUUUCGGCUGCAAUUCUUCCACACUUUCUUUGGCCCAACGUCUGCGAUAUCAAUUCGAGCCGAGGCCCUCUUCAAUCAACACUUUCAAAAAUAUCAAGCGUCUGCCUUGGCGAAUAA